AUGUUCAAACUCGUAGCCUCAGCUUUUGUGUCUCUUCUCCUCGCCGCGAGCGCUUAUGCCGCUCCCCAGGCGGGGCUGCCUGAAAUCACCGACCCUCCGGCUGGCUUCAAUGUAACGAGCUUCGGCCUCAAUGGUUCCGGCUGCCCUCCUGGGUCCGCCUACUAUUUGCUCAAUGACAAAAAGAGCGCCGUCACCGUUACUUUCAGUAAGUACUACGCCGAAGUCGGCCCUGGGAUUCCUAUCAGCCAAAAUCGCAAGAACUGCCAAUUGACCUUCGGAUUGAGCAUUCCUCCUGGAUUUACCUUCGGCGUUGCGUAUUCGGACGUGCGCGGAUAUUAUCAACUUGACAAUAAAGUAUCCGCCACUCAGAGGAACUACUACUACUUCCAAGGGCAGCUUGACCAAUCUACCGCGACUGAGACUCACGUCGGGCCCGUUAACGGAGCGUACUACACCUACCGAGCCCCGUUCGACCUAGUUUUCACAAAUACAGCUCCGUGCAACUCUCAAGGAACAGUCCUCAAUAUCGCAACAUCGAUCCAAGCCAGCAAUGCAGAUAACAAGGGCGGAAGCGGAUACAUUGCAACUGAUUCCGUUGACUCCUCCCUGAUCCACACUUUCUACUUCCAGUGGCAGACAUGCCGUUGA